AUGAAGCCCGUCGUAUCUGUGCUAAACGCCUGGUCCUGCGUGGUCAUCUCUCUUUUUGCCAUCGUCAUCCUCUCCGUCCUCGGAUCACUCUUCAAGGCUGAACACCACGGCUUUACCGGUUCAGAAGGCGAACCGGAGGACGGUGGAGCUGUCGCUGCCUCGAUAUUUACAGCUGUGUUUGUCUACAUUGGAUUUUUCGUUUUCUGUGCCUUCCAGGCGUACCUGCAUAUUCGAGCCAGCCGAGGUGGAGCUAUAUCUCUGAAUUAG